ACAGCUCCAUCGGUCUUUUGGUCCACCGCUCAAGUCCUUUCUCCUCAUAUGAACUACUGGUACGGCGUCAGUCCCGAGAACAUAAUCCUCUAUGGUCAGAGCAUUGGGACCGUCCCCACCGUGGACUUGGCCUCUCGGUAUGAGUGUGCAGCUGUAAUUCUCCACUCCCCUCUGAUGUCUGGUUUACGUGUGGCUUUUCCGGAUACCAGGAAAACCUACUGCUUUGAUGCUUUUCCCAGUAUCGACAAGAUCUCCAAGGUCACCUCUCCUGUGCUGGUCAUUCAUGGCACAGAGGAUGAGGUCAUCGACUUCUCCCAUGGGCUGGCGAUGUAUGAGCGGUGUCCCCGAGCGGUGGAGCCCCUCUGGGUGGAAGGGGCUGGGCACAAUGACAUAGAGCUUUAUGCACAGUACCUGGAAAGACUGAAACAGUUCAUAUCGCAUGAGCUUCCUAACUCGUGAAGAACACAGCUCAGCCUUACCUCAUCUACUGUGAACAGACGGGUCCUCUGUUUUACACAUGCUUUAACGGAUAGCCCGAUACCUACGAAGAGGUGCCUGGCCUUUAGGGUGUUCUCCUCGAAGAGCUCAUGAAAUCUCAGUCUUUUGUAUCUAAAAGUUGUUCUACUAACUCCCACCACCACACACACACUCCCAGCUUCCUUGCCUGGCUGGAUCGGUAUCGCGAGCCGACCGACCGUGGGGACCGUCUCCUAGUGCUGUAUAAAGUGUACUCUGUGUGUCACCCUCACCCACCACCUCCGAUUCAUCAACACUGGGCUCAACCCUCUCCCAUCACUGUUCCCAGUAUUUGACAUGCAACUCGCUCUCCGCCACUUGUUCAUGGGGUCAACCAUUUGUGAAGCUGUGAUAGUGUAACUGGAAAACUCUAGUGGUGAAAAUCCCUUUAUUAAUUUUUGUUAACAUAUCAGUCUUUCCCCAGACAAAUGAGCUGAAGGGUAAUUUACUGAAAUGAUUGCAAACAGCUUCAUUCACUGUAACCCUACAAAUAUAACUGGAAUAUUCUUAAAGAGAACCUGGGGGUUUUUUAAAGUGUAAAUUUAUUACUAGCUAACAGAGUUUUAAUAUUUUGAUUGUCUAGUUGGUCUAACAAAGAGCCUGGCCAACUCUCUCCUAUAAAGCCCUCCUUGUAGGCUUUUUUAAAGUACUGUACAUAUUUGCAAUUACAUUGUGCAUAGAUUCUUAUUGGGUAGUUUUCUUUUGUGGGGCUACAACGAUGAACUGCAAAUUCCUUGUUUGUAAUAUAAAUGAUUGAAUACAUUUUGUUAAUAUGUUUUUAUUCCUAUGUUUUGCUAUUAAAAAUUUUUAUAACAUUUCCAAGACAAAAAUUCCAAGUUUAUGCUUUGAAGAAUUUAUGUAAUUAAAAUUUCACUAAACUACUCUUUUUAGUUUAGGAGUUUUUCGAGUUUUGACACUGGAGUGGCACCAAGUAAGCAUCAAAAAUGUAAGAUGCUUACAACUGCUACAUGACUUGUAUUGGCCGGGGGUUUGGGUCUGGGGGUCCUCUGGUUUUAAUUUCUUUUUUUCAAAUUUCAAAGCCUUAAAUGUUCUGUGAGCCUCUGAUCAUUGUACACCUGGAUUGCGGUUGAUUGCCGGUUUGUGUCCUGUUGCUUGGCUGCGGCACAGUGGUUGGAAAUGGAAUAAAGGAUGCAUG